AAAUAAAAUCCUCGGCUAAACUUCCUGUUAGCAAGAAAGGUUCCGGUUGCUUUCCUGUCUGGGCUUCGCGGUGGUCCAUCGACACACAACAACAGCAACAACAAACCUCUCAGACGACGGCACCUCAGACAAAAACUACUCAAUCAAGUGGGGUGCAGAAGGUGAGGGGGUCCUUGGCCGCACUGCCAACACUUUAAACAGGAGGUCCCAACAACGCCCGGUGCCACUGCGCGCUCUGCUGACGCAACCACGUCGCUGUGGCUCAAUGCGAUGGCGGACCGCAGUGUCCCCAGACCUGCCCAGGGAGGGACGGAGCAAAGUCACUGAGCCACUCUCACCGGCUCUCCGCUACACACGCUGCCAUCCGACCACCUGUUAAAAAGACGGGCUGCUGUGUCGUUGCCGUCCCCUCCAGUGAAAUAGUAUGUGGGACGGGAUCUGCGCAGGGGAGUGCACUGACCGGGACGAGACAGAAGUGGAGUGAAGACAGGGGAGCGGAGUGCGCCGGGCUGACGCGCCGCAUGUUGAUCCAGCAAGUUGACUGACAUUACAAAAAGUCGCGUCGACGGGGAAGGGGACAGCCGCUUUCGGAUUUAACGGAGGUUUGAGGGGGACACUUGUUCCGGCAAAAUGAAAUUCGCGGAGCAUCUUUCGUCCCACAUCACUCCUGAGUGGAGGAAACAGUAUCUUCAGUAUGAGGCGUUCAAGGAAAUGCUGUAUGCUGCCCAGGACCAAGCUCCGUCCAUAGAAGUCACAGAUGAAGACACAGUGAAGAGAUACUACGCCAAGUUUGAGGAGAGGUUUUUCCAGACCUGUGAGAAGGAGCUCCUGAAAAUCAACACAUUCUAUUCAGAAAAACUUGCUGAAGCUCAGAGACGUUUUGCCACGCUGCAGAAUGAGCUGCAGUCUUCACUGGACGCUCAGCGUGAGAGCAACGCGCCGCCCGGCCUGCGCAAACGCAAAACGAUGUUCCACCUUUCGCAGGAGGAGCGCUGCAAACAUCACAACAUCAAGGACCUGAAGCUAGCCUUCAGCGAGUUCUACCUCAGCCUCAUCCUGCUCCAGAACUACCAGAACCUGAACUUCACUGGUUUCCGUAAGAUCCUGAAGAAACAUGACAAGAUCUUGGACACUCCUCGCGGGGCCGACUGGCGUGUGGCUCACGUGGAGGUGGCACCUUUCUACACCUGCAAGAAGAUCACACAGCUCAUUUCAGAAACAGAGACCCUCGUCACCACAGAGCUGGAAGGAGGAGAUCGUCAGAGAGCCAUGAAGAGGUUGAGAGUUCCUCCACUGGGGGCAGCUCAGCCUGCUUUGGCCUGGACAACCUUUCGUGUGGGUCUCUACUGCGGCUUCUUUAUCAUUCUUGCCAUCGCCUUUGUUCUCACCGGUGCUGUGUUCAUCCACAACGAGAACGUGUGGCCUCUGGUGCGGAUCUACCGGGGCGGCUUCCUGUUGAUCCAGUUCCUCUUCCUGUUGGGCAUCAACACGUACGGAUGGAGACAGGCUGGAGUCAACCACGUCCUCAUCUUCGAGAUCAAUCCCCGCAACAACCUCUCACACCAACACCUGUUUGAGAUUGCUGGUUUCCUGGGAGUGUUGUGGUGUCUCAGCAUCCUCUCUUGUCUCUACUCAGAGUACACCUACCUCCCCAUGCAGAUCAACCCUCUCAUCCUUUAUGGCUUCAUGGUGCUUUUCCUCAUCAACCCCUUCAAGACCUGCUACUACAAAUCACGUUUCUGGCUCCUCAAGCUGCUGUUCCGUGUGUUCACAGCGCCGUUUCACCGCGUAGAGUUUGCAGACUUCUGGCUGGCUGAUCAGCUCAACUCUCUGGUGGUUGUUCUGAUGGACCUGGAGUAUCUCAUCUGCUUCUACAUCUUUGAUCUGCAGUGGGGCAACAGCAAGGGACUGCUGCCCAACCUUAAAAACCCUGAUGACUACAUAUGCCACAGCUACUCGUACGGGCUGCGCGCCAUCAUCCAGUGUCUGCCCGCCUGGUUCCGCUUCAUCCAAUGCCUGAGGCGUUACCGUGACACCAAGAGGGCCUUCCCUCACCUGGUGAAUGCUGGGAAAUAUUCUACCACCUUCUUUGUCGUCACCUUCGCUGCGCUCUACGCCACACACAGAGAGCAAGGACACACAGACGCCGACAUGUUCUUCUACCUGCUGAUAGUGUUCUCCACCAUCAGCUCCCUGUACACACUGAUCUGGGAUCUGCGUAUGGACUGGGGUCUGUUUGACCGCGGGGCCGGAGAAAACACCUUCCUCAGAGAAGAGAUAGUUUACCCCCACAAGGCCUACUACUACUGCGCCAUUAUAGAAGAUGUGAUCCUGCGUUUUGCCUGGACGAUCCAGAUCUCUCUGAUCACAAUGACCAAGAUCCACUCUGUGGGUGACAUCGUGGCCACCGUGCUGGCUCCUCUCGAGGUCUUCAGGCGUUUUGUGUGGAACUUCUUCCGUCUGGAGAACGAGCACCUGAAUAACUGUGGUGAGUUCCGUGCGGUGAGGGACAUCUCGGUGGCACCGCUCAACGCUGACGACCAGACGCUCCUGGAGCAGAUGAUGGACCAGGAAGACGGCGUCCGGAACCGCUCGGGCAAAAAGACCUGGAAGAGGUCCUACAGCCUGUCGCUCCGACGCCCCCUGCUGUCCUCCUCACAAUCGAAAAAGGACACAAAGGUGCUAAUUGAAGACACGGAUGAUGAGGCCUUCAGCUGAGUCCACAGCGUCAGCACGUACACGCAGACACACACGUGCACACACACUCACACAGCAUACACUAUACUUAUAUGGACCUCAUUCACUAACGCCCAACCUCAACCCUCGUCCCUUGUAGUUGUUUGUAUUUGUAGUUACUCUAACCCUCAGUCUAAACCUUUAAAUCAGCGAGGACCGUCAGUCCGCCCUCACUCUGGAGAAUUUACCUCAUCUUUACUUGUGAGUAUAGUUGGUCUUUAUAAGUAUAGAAAUACACACACUGUAAUGUAGAAACACACACACACACACAUACAAAGAUAAACCUGCUGAAGCACAAACAUAGUGUAACAUUGCUACAGUUGAGGAGAGAGGUAAUGCCACAGUCACAGACAGAUGGACAGACGUCAUGGGAAACCUUCUGCACACAACUGGACACACAGACCACACUGCCCUGGGAUUAUCCUCUUCUUUUUUUUAAGCAGACUUUUUAAGUAAUGUGUUGUUUACUUUGAGAUAUUUCUGUUUCUUUAGACUUCCCUUAAUAUUUUUUUUGCUGGAUUUAUUUAGGAGAAGCUGCAUAGAAUAGGCUACAGACGACUGUUUACACGCCUUUUUAACUACACUUAGGAUCAACAGGGAGAAGACAAAGCCAAUCAAAAGACUAAAUAUUAAUCAAUAGAAACCUGAGGAAGGACUCUACACACAUCACAGCAUAUCAAAACAAAUCAACCAGUUUCAACUUGUUGAUUCUUUUUAUACUCCAUCUUUUUUUUUUCUUCUUCUUUUGUCUUUUUUUGUUGAGUUGUAAUAACGUCAGUGUACAAUCACAACCCUGGAGGCACUUGCAGGAAAAGUGCAUUUAAUACACAAAACAUGGGGGGAAAAAAAACCUACUUGUACACAAAAAGGAUGUUUUGAUUCAAACAUUUCUAGUCUGUGAAGUUGCUUUGUAAUAUAUUUAAUAUAUUUUGAUGUGCAUUAUUACUCUAUUGUAGUUGUUCAGUACUUCUACAUGUGUUGUUUAUACUAGUGAGACUAGUUUGAGCAUCCACACGAUGAUUAUUAAUGUUUAUAAUAUUUAUAAUGUUUGGAAUGUUUUUCUUGGUUAGUCUUGUGCCACGUUUUUAAUAAGCUCAUUGUUAUAUAAUCCCCAACCUCGAGUUAGAGCAAAAACAACUUGUGAAUCGUCACAUUUAUUGUGUCAUGUCAUCUUAAAGUGCCCUGUUAGCUCUGUGCAUUGCUAUUCUUUGCAUUAACUACCAAAGCUUUGUUUUUAUGAAUGUGUCUGCUACAGUAGCUUUGUCCGUUCAACCUGCCUGAGGGAGUCAAAGGUAACAGAGCCAAAAGCUUAUUUAAAGACUGGAGUGUUUUGUUUUACACAUGUUUUAUUGGGCUGUUUUAGCAGGUAGGUUCUGUCUCAUUGGAAAUCCCAGUAAUAUGAGUAGAAUUACAGGUAUUACUGUCUAUGUUUGUGUGUAACAGAAUGAUAAGUCAAACCCUGAGUGUUUGUGCCAGUGGUUCUCAGACUGGGAGCGGGACCAAGAGGUGAAACACAGAGCGCUUUUGAAAUUGAAAGAAUCUGACGCAAGACUCAUGAUUCGGGUCAGACAGCAAAACAACAUGUAAAGUACGAGGCUUGACAGAUUCUUGACAGAGAUUAAAAGAAAAACAAGUGUCGAGACAGGAAAUGUUUGAGAACCACUGGCAGUACAGGUGCAUUGUGACACCCUUCACAUGAUCACCAGACAGGAGCGCUGCUGGAUGUUCUGGGUUCUUGGACAGAAGCUCUGUGUUGCCAGAUUGGACGGUUUUCCACCCAGCUGGUCUCCUUUUAAAGGAAUUGUGCAGAUAAAAAAAAUGUUGUGGACAGUUUGUGGUGAUUACUUUUUGCACCAUGAAGGUGUAUUUCCACCAAUGAAAAAAUUGUUCUAUAUCGCAGUGAAUUUGAUGACAACAUCUGAAGUCAAAAGAACGAUGAUAGGACCACUUGGUGGCAGUCAGAUCUGGCAACCCUGCAUAAGCUUAAAGUCCUUAAUCAGUAAAUAGCAGUAAAUAUCCGUAAUCCCUGACAUGUCUUACAGCUCCUGUCCUGCUCUGGGCUCCUGAAUCAGGGACCCAGAGUCAGAUUUCUCCACAUUCAGCAUCACUAUCACCAGAUACGUGUUUAGUGAUGCUUCAUCAAUUUUAGCACUUUAAAAAAAAAAAAAAAAAAAACGAUUUCAAGUUUGUGAAUUUGUUAGCUCUAAUGUAACCCACUCAUUUCAGAUAAGGAAAAGUUAACAACCAGGAGAAUGUGCUCUAGAUCUGAUGUCCACCGUUUGCCCCCUUCGUCCUAUUCUCAAACCACCAGCUGAAGAGCUGUCAGUUGUAAUUAUAAAGUGCGUUGUUGCUGCUGUUAAAUGGCCACUGGCUUUCAGAGAAACGAUGCUAACUUUAACGCUGGCGUGUGAGUGUGUGUGUUUCGCUUUCUCUCUCUCGCUCUGCUCUCUGCUCUGCUGUUCCUCCCUGUGGCUACACUGAGUCACCAUCAGCCAGUCAUGAGACAAAGCCCAGAGAGCUACAGGACAAAUAUGUUACAGAAAACUCCUGUUUCUCUUUUUUUGUUUUUGUUUAUUUUUUUUUUCUCCCCUCCCCUGUAGCGGCUAAAAGACUGAAAAGUUUCUGUGUGUAAUGAGCUAAAUGUGAACUGGAAAGCCAGAAAGUAAAAAGCUGUAUGUGUUAAAGUUUAGAAGAUGGGUAGCUUCCCUGUCUAUUUUAAUACACUGGACACAUGCCAUGACUGUAUACAGACGAAAAAACAUGACGUGCACACACAGCCCACAUCGCCUCUCUCUCUCGUGUCAGAGAGCACAACACUACAGCAGAUAGUUUUGUAAAAAGGCUCUGUUGUCUUGCCUGCAUGCUGCUUUUCUUUUACAUUGUACAUAGAUCUUAAUUUAUUUGACAUGACGUGUAUAUUAGCAAUCAUUGGAACCACCGUGACAAUGAUUGGUUUCAUAUGUUGCCAUUCUUGCUCCAAGACAAGCAGUAUUUUCUAGGUGAUGAGGAGCUUGUUGUCAAUCGUUCACAAUCCUGCACUCUUUUUCAUGUGUAAAUCCGUUGAAAAUGUGUUUGUAUAAAAAAAAAAGAAUAGAAAAAAGAAAAUCCAUAGAAAUGGAGAAUGUGAUUGGUUGUAUCUUGUUAGUGAUUCCUGCUCAUUUCAAGGCUCCGUCAUCUCCGAGGGAGGGUGUCGGGGUGGUUUUUACGUCCAGGACUCAUGGAGGUGGGGGGGUGGGGCAGGUUCCUGUGUCCUGAAGCUGUAACCCUGUUUGUACAUUUGUGUAAUGUGCAUGGAAAAUAUUGUGGAUCUGUUGUUUGUGAACUGCCCUGCAGACAGAAGCACUUGCUGUGGUAGGGCGCAGGAACAGACCCCAGUCCAGAGAGGCCCCAUACACUAUAACGAGAUGCUGUUAAACCUGAUCCCAGAUCUGCCUGAGCUUCUCUUUGAAUAUCUCACAGCAGAUCUAGGAUCUUCACUUGCUCGCUGGAAGCAUUAUGAGAUGCUUCUCUGUGAGAAAAACAAAGCUUUUAGUGACCAGAGUCUGUUCACAGAUGAUCAGUAUGUGGAACCCGUUGACAAAAAACAAAAACAGCGUUAUUUUGUACAGUUUGUGUUCGAUGAGAUGAUGAUAGUGAUAAACCCUGACAUCUCAUUUUUCCCAAAGGCUGAAAACCACAGCUGAUUUUUGUUUCCACUGCUUGCUAAAAAAAACAACCCAUAAUGUUAAAAGUGCUUAAUAUAUGUGCAUCCUUCCCCUCUCUCUCCCUCCCUUCCUCCUUCUCUUGAUGUUGUUUGUACCCUCUCUCUAAUCUAGCUGAACGUGAUAGUACCUGUAGUUUGGUAGAUGGAUGUUCCACUUUAAUAAGAUACAAAAAAAAAGAUAACAGAAGAAAAUCCAUUGUGGCUAAAUGUGAUUUUAAGAGACAUAAAGAAGGAAAAUGUCUUACAGUCUGAACCAUCCUCCCCGACUCCCUUUUACAGAGUAGUUUGUACAUGUCGAGUGUAUAACACUGUUCUAUGAUGGUUUUCCUGAUGGUAUUUGUAUUUCUGUAUACACUUUGGUGAUCCUGUCAUAUCUGGGUUUUAUAAACCACGAUUAUUUUUAAAACUC